CCUUUGCAAUGUUACGUUUGUGAGAAAGUUUUUAAGGACAAGUCCCAAAUAAAAAGACACGUCAGGAUCCACACGGGCGAGAAGCCGUUCGCGUGCAGCACCUGCGGGAAGAGGUUCUAUCAGAUUUACUUACUGAAAUAUCACGAAAGGACUCACACGGGCGAGAAGCCGUACUCCUGCAAAAUAUGUGGGAAAAAGUUCAGGUGUAGCGACAGUCUGUUGGUCCACAUGAGAAUCCACACGGGCGAGAAGCCGUAUGGGUGUAAAACGUGCGGGAAGAGAUUCAUCUGCACGUCAAAUCUGAAAAGCCACACGAGAAUCCACACAGGCGAGAGGCCGCAUUCCUGCAAAACCUGCGGGAAGAGCUUCACUCAGAGGGGCAGCCUGACCGUCCACAUGAGGACGCACACAGGCGAGAAGCUGUAUUCCUGCAAAGCGUGCGGGAAGCGUUUCUGUCAGAGCGGGACGCUGCUGAUCCACAUGAGGACGCACACGGGCGAGAAGCGCUACUCUUGUAAAAUUUGUGAGAAGAACUUUACUCAGAGCAGUCACUUGUUGCGCCACAUGAGGACUCACGCAGACGAGAAGUCGUCCUGAAACCUCUGCGGGGGGCUGGAGAGGAAAACGCCCACCUCUCAGGUUAUAAGCAGAGCGUUCAGACAAGCUCGGCAACCGGCACUGUGCAGGGCGGAGCCAUAAAACCUGGCUUGGCCCAUGUUAGGCUGAAGAACAGCACUGCAUUUGUAGCUUUCAAAGUAUCGCUUUUAUUCUAGUAUUUAGGAAAGUGUCCGGCGCUGACCCGAGUCCCCACCUCUCAACUCUUAAACUCGAGUAUUCAGAGAUGGUGCGCUAACGGCAGAGUGCGUUCCCUGUUCAUUCUGCUCAGCUCCAUGUUUUUAAUCUCAGUCUCAACAGUCGCUUUGCAUGAUUCUCUACUCAAAAUAAGGUUUACCUGACAGCGUCUGUGAUGCAGCGUCCGCAAUCGUCCUGCCCCCCUUUAAGCUGACUUUCUUUUGAUUGGCUGCCUGUUAUUGUUGUAUGAAGGGUGUCAGAGGCAAGACUGAACAUCAGUACAGGUAUUAGGAAGAACUUUUUAAAAGCGGCGAUUCUCAGGCUACGUCCACAUGGACACGAGUAUUUUUGUAAAUGGAGAUUUUCCAUUUUCAGUUAACAAAAAAAAAAAAAAAAAAAAAAUCCCAUCCACAUGUGCACGUUUGAGAUCUUCGUCCACAUGUAAACACAAAAAAGGAAGUCAACCGGUGUCAAGAACAUGCGAAAUCCUAACCGUGUAGAAAUGUUGGCCAAUCAGAAGUCUAGAAGCCCGGGAGGGAUCGAGUAAACAAAGAUGGCGCAUGGACGCAGAAAUGAGCCGUACGUGUGGACAGACAUUAAUCCUCAACAUCACACUGGAAACGUGUAAAUACUGCAGAUAGUACGACUAACAGCACAUCCAUCUCAUGAGAACAAAGAAAAAAGGCGCACACCUUUCACGCUGCGUGACUAAAUCUCAGUUUUCCUCGUCCACACGUAAACGCAAAAACUGAGUUUUUAACUUUAAUAUUCAUGUCUCUAUUUUAAACUGCAUAAAAACAGAGCGCGGGCUCAUUUCUGACAUGUGUCUGGGUUUAACGUCGUUGUGAAAUCAGCCGAGCCGGGCUGUGCGUCUGUUCACUCUUCUGCUGCUUUCACAGUUGUCGUGUUGCGUUGUUAUCUUCUCUGUACUUCUGUGCUUUUAUGGAGGAUUGCAGUAUGCGAGCAGCGUGAGAACGAGCUCCUGACCUGAUGAUGACACGCGUACAUGUGAACCGGACGGCGAGAACAUUUUGUUAACUCACUGAUGAUUGAGCCUGUUCUUUCAUUUCUACUCUGUAAGGGCGCUCAGUCCCACAUGCUCUUUCUGCCGGUGUUCUGUUACUGUGUGUGCCACUCUUCCAGAGAAUAAACAUGCAGAUAUAA